AUAUAUUCUUCUUUCUUUCUUUCCUUUAUUUGUUGCUUUACAGUUUUCACACUUUGAACUUUUCACUUGUACGUUCUCUUAAUUAGAUCUAGAACCACCUCCACACUCACACUAGCACUGGCGAAGACAGUAAAAGCAAGUAAUGGGUUCUGGGAAUUUUCUCCAAGUAGUUGCUAAGAACUUCGAUGUUCUUGCUUUGCCUCUAGUCACACUUGUUUACCCUCUAUAUGCUUCAAUAAAGGCUAUAGAGACCAAGUCUGUUUCUGAUGACCAACAAUGGCUUACUUAUUGGGUUCUGUACUCUAUGAUCACACUCUUCGAACUUACUUUUGCCAAAGUGCUUGAACUGAUUGCGAUAUGGCUUUACAUCAAGCUGAUUCUUACAUGCUGGCUGGUAUUACCACAUUUCAAUGGGGCAGCAUACGUUUAUCGGAACUUCAUUAGACCUUUCUACAUGAACCCACAAAGUGCAACUUCUAAAAUCUGGUAUGUCCCACGGAAGAAGGAUUUCUUCAGCAAACCAGAUGAUGUUCUUACAGCUGCAGAAAGAUAUAUUCAAGAGCAUGGACCAGAAGCAUUUGAAAGGCUUAUCACCAAGGCUGAGAGAGAAGAAAGGACGAGGAAGAGCAACAAUUAUAUGAUCUUUGAUGAUGAUUAUAUAUACUGAAUUUCAGUGUCCACAAAAAAUGAUGUCUUGUUUUUGUGUAUCCAGUUGUAUUGCAUUGAAAAUGAGAGUGGAGUUGAAUUGGAGAAAA